AUGAAUCUCCCUAUUUGUCAGCCAGAGCUGCAGUUACACUUCUGGAUUUGAUUUUCAUUUCAGAUUUUGGCUGUGGUCCUCCUUGGGCUCCUCCUGACCCCAGCCCUUGCUGAUCAGCAUCAACAGACUGAAGUGAGCAGGAAAAUCUCCAUUGGUGGAGCCUACCAGAUUCUGACCAUCAAUAGGAAAUGGCUCGUGGCAAGCAUUGAGCAGAGGAGCAACCAAGGAUCCUGGAAAACCAUCUGGAACUAUGACACUGGCUUUAUGGCCACCAAAGUGCUGCCAGAGAGAGCUUGCUACCUUUCCAUAAUGAACAGAACAGAGAUGCCCAGCUUUGAUUCACUCCCCCAGCUGGCUGCAGACAUCAGGAACCAGAAUCAUCCAAGAGCUCCUACAAAGGAGAUCACCUUCACCCUCGUCAAGAGAAUUAUUCGUGACCUCGGUUCAUAUGGACCAGACAUUUUCUACACCUGCAGGGGACUCUCAACUUACGUGGCUUACCAAGUUCAGGGGCCACAGUUCAGCCUGGGAUCGUGCAUCAAACUCGAUGUCCUUCAGUACCUGGCCCUCAAAUACUGCCACAAUGAGAACUUUGUGUAA